AUGGGACAAAUUGAUUGGGUAGCUACAACUACUGACUGCUGGACAGCCCACCUUCGAUCUUUCCUUGGCGUAACUGCUCAUUGGCUCAAUAAGGAAACCAUGAAACGCGAAUCUACUGCCAUGACUUGUCGUCGUCUUACUGGUAAACAUGAUUAUCAACUAUUGGGCAAGGAACUUUGCAAGGUCCAUUAUCAAUUUGAAAUAACCGAAAUGGUCAUUGCUACAACUACAGAAAAUGGGUCCAAUUUUGUCAAAGCGUUUUCAGUUUUCGGUCCUUCAGAAGAUGAAAGUGAAGAAUAUCAGGAGCAUGUAUCAUUGAGUGAUGCUUUUAACAGCGGCCUAAUUGAUGAACCAGACCUCCUUUCUCACUAUAGAUGUGCCGCACACACACGUAAUCUGAAUGCCACAACUGACGCAAAUCGUGCAGAGUUGGAUUCUGCGUAUAAAAAGCUGAGUCGUUCUACAUUUGCAAAAUGCCAAACUCUGUGGAACAAGUUCAGUCGAACAACAGCAGCAAAUGAGAUUGUCUCCAAAGAAGCUGGCCUUCAACUUGUCCAACCAUGUGCUACCCGCUGUAAUUCUGUUUUCAACUCGGUUGCUCGCUUAAAUCGAAUUCGCCACGAAAAGGGGAAUUCAGCAAUCAGUAACAUCUGUCAUAAUUUAGAACUACCACGGUAAGGGAAGAUAAUUUUCUGAUACAUGCACGCUUUAAUUUAUCUUUAUUUGAAACAUAUGAAGAAGUUAAAAACGACUUGAUGUCUUUAGGUACAUUUUUCACACUCAUUGUAGUAGUUUAUGCCCUGAUACUGUACUUUGUUUAGGUUCAAAGAUACUGAAUAUGAAUUUCUUGACACAUAUGAAUCGAUAAUGAAGCCUGUGGCAAAAGCAUUGGACAUCCUUCAAGGUGACAAAAACACUAAAUUUGGAUUUUUAGUGCCAACUCUGAAAGAACUCAGGAAACGAUUGGAAAAACAAAAGUCCAAACAUACUGAAAAUAGCAGUGUUUGCCUUCCACUUGUAAAUGCAGUCCUUGAUGCACAUACGGCACGGCGUUACGUACUUGAAUUAGGUUGGUAAAAGUUUUAAAACUUAAUUAUAAAACCACUCCAUUUUAGAAUUUUGUUGUAUAUAGUUGUAACAGUGCAGUAAAGUUCUAUUAAAAAAACAACUUUAUUUUUUGCAUGUCAAGGAUUGGAGUAUAUCAGAUCGCAUCUUGUCAUUGACACUGAUCAACAAUCUUCAAACGAAUGCGACAACGAUGAUGACGAUGAAUUUUUCAAGUCAAAGAAGAAGACAACCAAAUCGUCUUUGGAUACCUACUUGGCUUCAGACAUUAUUGAUGCCACAGUUUACAAUGGACAAUGCACUGCACCUUUGAAGCAAAUAGCUUUGAAGCUGAACACCGUAUUGCCUGCAAGUGCAGCUGUUGUGCGUCUUUUCAGCUGUGGAGGCUUGAUCAUGCGACCGCAUCGAAAUCGGUUAACUGAUGAUCAUUUUGAGUCGGCUCUACUUUUAAAGCUAAACUCCAAAUUUAAUACAGUUGCAUAA